AUGCGCUUGAGCUGUGCACUUCUUGUUUUCUGUACCUGCGCAAACGCAGUUUCCAUAAAGCACUCCGUGCGCUCCGGUCUAAAGCAGCCAAACCCUCAAAUUCUGGUUCUCUUUGUCGAACUAUCAAAGUUAAUAAUCUCCGCAAUAUUUUUAUUUGGCGAAAAGCGGUUCGGAAUUGUUGGGGAAAACACUUGCCUCGACGCGGUCUCGGUGUCGAACUUUUUUCUUUUCGCAGUUCCCGGCAUAUUAUACACGUUUUGCAACAAUGUCCCGUAUAUUAUUUUGCGGAAAAUGGAACUCGGCACGUAUGUUAUGUUGAGUACUAUCAAGAUUCCAACCACCGCGACGUUAAUGUGGCUGAUGUUAGGGAAAAGACUGUCUCGGACUCAAUUAUAUGGCGUGCUACUGCUCGGCGUCGGAACAGUUAUUAGUUUGCUUGACUUCCAUGAUGGUAUUGCGCUGGCUGGACCUACCCACGCAUAUUUACUCACAUUUUUAAGCGCCCUUCUAUCGGCAUUCGCUGCCGUCUGGUCUGAGUAUAUGCUUAAAUCUUCGCCCCAGAGCAUCAACUUGCAAAAUAUGCAACUGUAUUUUCAUAGCACUCUCGCGAAUAUGUUUUUUAUUGGCCUGACCCACGGCGCUAAUUUCUUUGCUGGGUUUUCCAGUGGAUUACCAGACAUUGCAGAUGUAGGGGCAUGGAGUUCUGUUGUUACGUUGACCGGAGUUGGACUGUUGACUUCGCUCGUGAUGAAGUACGCGGACAAUAUCUUGAAACUUUUCCUGUCGGGCGCCAGCAUGUGCGUAUCGCGGUUACUCGCUUGUGUCCUUUUUGGGGACACCUUCACCACUUCACAUGCCAUCGGGCUCGCACUUGUUCUAUUUGCAUCUUACAUCUAUGA